AUGCGGGCCCUGGCAACCGGGAAGUUAUUUCUUGUGGGCACAUUGCUUGCAGUCUGCAAUGCAUCGACAGACAAUUUCCUACCUCAGAGGUACCAAUUGGGUACUAAACCGAGCAUAACCACUAAGCCGCUCCAAACUGGCCAGUCAGUCACCUUGGAUUUCGACAAAAAUUCCGUUGUUACUUUGGAUUAUGGAUACGAAGUUGCGGGCUUCCCAUACUUUCAAAUCUCUGAUGUGAAGGGCCCCGUGCAGAUUGAAGUCAAGUAUACGGAGCAAUUUGACGGAUUGAACCAUGUCUGGGCUGACGGGCCAUACUACUUUACCAAUGGGCUUUCCAAUUCAUUCCGAGUCGAGACAUUCAACAUCACCGAGCCUGGCAAAGUCGAGUCCUACUUUAUUCAGGGGGGACAAAGAUGGCAGUCUAUUAAGGUUUUGACCAAGGGUCACAUCACGCUGACUGGGGUUGGAUUUGUUCCUACCAUCGACCGUGUGGAUCUUGAUAACCUUCCUUCCACAUUCACUUGUUCUAAUCCAACAUACAAUGAGAUUUGGAAGCUCGGAGCCAACGCCGUCGCAGCUGCUUGCUUUGAUGCUAAUUCACAGCCGUCCACUUGGGAGGUUACGGAAGAGGGUGCUUAUAUCCGCGGCCAGAAACCUGGCCCUGGCGUGAAUGGAAUGGACUGGACUGACUACACUAUGACCUUUUCGUCUAGGAUUGUUCGCGGAGGAACUGGCUGGUCUGUUUCUCAGCCUAUCUCAGAAAGUGGACUGCUGCUCCUCCUGAUUUCUAAUCUUCCGGAUGAGACGACGUUUGUAAAUACGAACAAGACUCUUACUCCACCAAACUCUAUCGUUGUUGCCUCUGGAUGGGGAUUUGUGAAUCAAACCACGCUCGACAGCCAGCUCGUCGGAAGUUUCCCUGUCUCUGUUGAUAUCAAGGAAGGCGAAUGGUACAAGAUUUCGACCACGCUACUUUCCGGCUCUCAACUUUCUAUCGAUAUUGAUGGGACUCCCGUCCUGAACAUAUCGCUAGCUGACUAUGGAGUCUCUGCCCUGAGUGCCGGUGGCUGGGGAUUUGGGCCCUACCAAGAUCAAAUUGCAUUGGUGAAAGACGUGACUGUCCACGCAAGUAAUGGUACACUUCUCUAUGAGAAUGGAAUGAGAUCCUCUUCUAUCUUGUCCGAAUACGGCGUGCGGCAAAACACCGAGGCUCUGUGCAUGGACGGGGCGAAGCGAGACCGAUUGGUCUGGCUCGGAGAUUUCUUCCACACCUCGAAAGUCCUAACUUCAAGCACAUCUCGCUGGGACUACGCUCAAGGAACAUUGAACUACCUGCUCGAUACCCAGUUGCCAAAUGGACUUGUCAGUAUUGCCCCGCAGAUGGGAUACAACACUUCUUCCCUGAAAGAGGUUCUCUACUCCUACUAUGGCCUGAAUGACUACCAGAUCUUGGGAGUCUUAUCUUUCACUGGAUUUUUCUUGAGAAGUGGCGAUCUGGCCUGGGCUAAGAGUGUCUGGCCUUCCAUCCAAAGGCAGAUUUCGUGGAUACUGGGAGAAAUCGACAGCAAUACACAGCUCGUCAGCUUUAGUGGAUUCCUUGGGGAUGCAAACGGGACUGCAAUUAGCGCCGCGCUCGUGCAAGGGCUGAAAGAGGCCGCUGUGGUGGCUGAUGCUUUGGAUGACGCAAAGAGCGCACAAACAUACCGUGACACUGCCACUAAGAUAUCAAAAGCCAUCAAUGAACUCCUCUGGAACGAUGAGCUGGGGGUCUAUGUGCGCAGUACCUCGUCCAAUACCAGUUAUGGAGUUGCGGAUAUCGCUUUCGCAAUCAGCUCCGGCGUAGCCAGUGAGGAGCGAGCUGCAUCAUCCCUGGCUAAAGUCGCCGAGUUGAAGCUUACACCAGGCUAUAAGGAUGUCUCCACUACCGACUCCUCUUCUGCUGAUAUUUCUCCGAACACUAACGGCUUCCUCCUGGCAGCGGCUAUGGAAGCAAAUGACACAUCCAUUGCCAAGUAUCUCUUGGACAACCUCUGGACAGCAAUGACAAAUGAUAAAUAUAGCAGCGGUGCUUCUUGGGAGUAUGUUGCUCAAGAUUUGAGCCCUGGACUGAGCUUAUUUACAUCUCAGAGCCAUCCAUGGGGUGGCGCACCGACCUAUGUUCUUACCGAGCACGUUGCCGGAAUUCGUGCAGUUACGCCAGGACAUAGGUCUUGGAUCAUCCAACCUGCGAUCUCAGGAUUUGAUCUUGAUUGGGUCGCGGCAUCUGUUAAGACUCAGUACGGACAGCUCUCGGUCAAGUGGGAGCUUGGCAAUAAAAUGUUGACAGUGGAUGUCACCGCACCUCGGGGGACGUCCGGCAUCCUGAGCCUUCCAUCCAGUAUCCAGAUUAAGGCGAUUAAGGUCAACGGACACAAGGUGACUUCAGGGCACAAUAUUUCGCUGCAGAGCGGAUCCUCCGUUGUCACAAUCCAAUUAGGUUGA